UCGAGGAUGAAUUCAUCAAGAUUGCCACCUCCAACAUUGAUAUCGACUAGUUCGUUGUCAUCGUUGUUGCCACCAACGUCACCACCACCAAAGUUGCCAAUGUCGACAUCGGCGGGCCACGAGGAGAAGCUGGAGAAGCUCAAGGACAUCACCGUCAAGACCAUCGACAACAUCAUUCUAAAGAUCGCAGAGAUGAAGCGCGAGAAGCAGUUCCUGCAGUCGUUCCAGGACGUCAUGAGGAUAUCAGAGUCAUUGGUGGAGAUUGAGAAGAUGUUGGAUAGCGUCGACUUGGACAGCUCAUCCACCUCUUCCUCCUCCUCAUCCAAUCAAUCAACAGUGCAGAGAUCAGUUAGUAGCGUGGACUCUUUGCAUGCUGUGUUGCAGCUGUGCUUGGAUAACAUUAAGAUCAAGAUGCUGUCGCUAAAGGUUCAUAUACCAUUGGAGACAUCAAUCCAGGCGGCCAUCAAGAAUGGUGAGAUCAUAAGGAACAUCAGGAAUCAAUUGAAUGCCAUCAGAACUAUCACGUUGCCAGACUCUGUCUCACUGAUCGAUGGUGAGAAGCUGUUGCUAAAGGUGGAGGCACGCUAUCACUUCUAUGACAAUGUUCACGAUCAACAAAAGGAACAACAACAACAGCAGUCUUCGUCUUCGUCGUCGUCACAUCAUCAUCAUCAGACGACUCAUACACUGCCGCCAUCACCAUCCAAAGAGAAGGAUCUGUCAUCAUCAGCCACAUCAUCAAUCUCAACCAACGAGGAAGAGUACGUCACUGGCACAUGCUACAUCACCAACUUCCAACUCAUAUUCAAUGGACUACAUCAAGGCGCACACUUUAGAAAAUCAUUUAGUAUUCACUCAGUUGGCAAGAUUGUAAAGACUGGAAAGAAGAAGUCAGCUGGCGAGUUCACUUAUAGACUGAACUUCUUGUGCAAGGACUGCCACACAUUCUCAUUCUCCUUUGACAGGAACAACAAUAACUUGAAGAACGUUAGACAUUGUGUCAAUAAUAUAUUGAGCGAGCCAUUGUUCUGCUUCACGCACAAGAACGAGUCGACGCUGCGACCCGACCAGCACAACCUCGGCUGGAAUAUCUACGAUGUGCGCUCCGAGUACGCGCGCAUGGGCGUGCCCUCACCCGACUGGAAGAUAAGCCAGUUCAACAACGGCUACUUCCUGUGCGACACGUACCCCUCGCUACUGGUCGUGCCCGCCAGCGUCCCCGACGAGCAGCUCAAGGCCGCCGCGCAGUUCCGAUCUAAGGGAAGGAUACCCGCGCUCUCAUACUGCCACUGGAGCAACAGGACGUCCAUCACGCGAUGCAGCCAGCCCCUAGUGGGCAUCGGUAGCAACCGCAGCCGCGAUGACGAGCAGCUGCUGAACGCCAUCCGUCUUACGGCGUCCACGUACGGCGGUACGCCAAACGACAAGACGCUGUACAUUAUCGAUGCGCGACCCUACGCCAACGCCGUGGGCAACCGUGCCAAGGGCGCCGGCUGGGAGAUCAUGACCAACUAUGCCAACUGCGAGAUUGAGUUCAUGGGCAUUGCCAACAUCCAUGCGAUGCGCCACUCACUGCUUAAGCUGCGCGAGGGUGUCGAGUCCAGUGUCAACAAGGAGGACACAUGGUACGCCACGCUCGAGUCGUCCGGCUGGUUCAACCACCUCAAGCUGAUACUGGCUGGCGCGGUGCGCGUAGCCAAGCUCAUCCACAUCAACCAUUCCAAUGUGCUGGUGCAUUGCUCGGACGGCUGGGACCGCACGAGCCAACUGGUGUCGCUUGCCGAGAUCCUGCUCGACCCAUACUUCCGCACGAUUCGCGGCUUCCAAAUGCUGAUCGAGAAGGAGUGGCUAUCCUUUGGUCACAAGUUUGCCCAGCGCUGUGGUCAGGUCCAGGGCAAGGAUGAGGACGAGCGUUCGCCCGUCUUUAUCCAGUUCCUCGAGGCCGUCUACCAGAUCAUCAAUCAGUUCCCCAACAAGUUUGAGUUCAACGCACACUUCCUGCGCACGAUUUACACGCACGCCUACAGUGGCCGCUACGGCAACUUCCUCUACAACUGCGAGAAGGAGCGCAUCCAGCACUACCCCUACGCCAAGACCCUGAGUCUCUGGUUCGAGAUCGACCAACACAUCAGCAGCUACAUGAACCCGCUCUAUCAGGCCGGCUCCAUCGGCAGCGGCAGCAGCAGCGUCGACGAGAAGGACGUACUCUUCCCCGAUUGUUCAAUCAAGAAGAUGAAGCUUUGGCGCCAGAUCUACUUCCCACUGGCCGACACCGAUAUCUAUGAGGUCGAGGAGCGAUUCAUACGCCAGGCAUUCGAGAAGCAGUUGGAGGAGCGCGCUCAAGAGUUCGCCACCAAGUAUCCCUUGUUGCCAAUCCGUCUGCACACUGCGUCCGUUUCCAAUCCACGUCGUCCAACUCUUACACUGUCUCAGCAGCAACUUAACUAUCCAGUAGUGGCAUCAGUUGUGUCUGGCACCACUUCAGCUGCAGCGGCAGCUGUCGACGAACAACCCAUCACUGGUGAGAACCAUGGCAAGUCAGCGAGUGGCGAGGACAAGGACAAGAAGAAGUUCUACACACUUGGACGCAACAUCUUUAAGAGGAAGGAUGGUAAUGGUACCAUCUCGCCAAAG